AUGUCUGCCCCCGUUCAUCUCACAGCACUGAGUCCUCGUGAGGCUGUCACAGAUGUCUUGUACCAAGCCAUCUAUGGAGCCGACACCAAUGACUGGGAAAUAUUCAACUCAGUCUUGACGCCAGAAAUCGAGUUCGACCUCGGAGGAAAGAUAAUGCAUGGCACAGAGGAGGCCAGGGCCAAUCUCUUUGGGCUGAUAGGGCCGAUGGACACACUGCACUCCAUCAGCAACGUUCGCGUUCAUCUUACAGACGAUCCGACCAAAGCCAGUCUCACGGCCUAUGCAACGAAUCAGCACUGCAGACCUGGGGAGGGGAUCGAUCCCGCCGCGCCCAAGUACACGACAGGCGUCAUGUAUUUCAUGGAUCUCAAACUGAAGCCCUAUUUCCCGCCGCUCGACCAAGUACAGUCUAUCAACCUACGCGCUGCCUUGCUCCGCUCCCUCGAGAACGCCAAAAAAAACGGCGUUCUGGGCCGCGAUGCCCUUCUCCGAAAGACCAUGCUGGACGAGUGCAAAGGAGAACGGUUGGAAGAUGUCCUGGCCGCAUUCUCCGCGGCAGUCUUGAGGAAAGUCGCGGUGGACCAGCUACAAGGCCACCCAGCGCUGUCGCUUACUUUGACGCUGGAAAACAAGGGUUACAAUGACGACAAGAAUGAGCUGUCCAGCCUGAUUCUGGCGCACAAGCAUUCUCUGGGUAGGAUCAAGGAUAGAAGACGAGAUAUGACCAGGAGAUACCGCGACUUUGAAGGAUUGCUGGGCGUCAAAGAAAGAGGUCUCGCCCAGAGAGAGGAGGAAGCUCUGCGUCGGGAACAGGGCGGACCCGGCAAAACGAUAUCUGAGGAGGCGAGAGCUGCGAUGGCUAGACUGGUGAGAACCAACUGGACAGGCAACGAGAAGUGGAUGCAUGUCCUUGUCCAAGGAGACGCAGCAGAGAAGAAGGACGGGCCUCUCGGUAUGCCGCUCGACCGAGUGUGGAGGCGGGUCGAGCAGGAUAGGCUGGGCGAGGUCGAGGCGAAAGAUGCUGGGCUGCUCGAGCAGCUCCACGGGCGGGUGACGAUGCACAGGGAGCGACUCGACAAAUGGCAGCGCUUUCGCGCGAGCAUGUACGGCGAAAGGCCUGCGCAAGCGGCGUCGCCCUCGGAAGGCAAGGCUAGGUCACAAGACAGGGGCAUCGAUCUUGGGCUAGGUGCGCACGAAGAGCUGAGGCUGGGUAGAGCGACGGGGACCAGCAAGACUCUAAGUCAAGGCAUGCGGCUCACCAGUGACUAUCAGGAGAUGCUGCAAGGACUGAAGGACGAGCUCGCCGACGCAGGGCACAAGCCUAGUCCGUUGCCCUUUCUUCAAGUAAAGGGGAAAGGGAAGAGAACCUCCAUGGGCACCCAAGAGUCAAUUAGCGAGAUCUCGGAGUUGAGUGAGCUUGAAGACGACACCCUGGAUCGAUCACCGGAAGAAGAUCCCGUUCAUCCUGUCCCGGCAAUAGACCACGAGCAACCUAUACGUCCCGGCCUUUCACGAGCCAGCUCUUCAAGCGGGGGACCGAGCACUCCUUCAAAGUUGAGGCGACGUCAAAAUUACACAGAUGAUGAUGACGAUGAGGGCGGUGACGGUGAAGACGACGAUACCGUGCGCCUUGACUUCCAACCCAGGCUCAGGCCAGACACAAGUUUGUCCCCGAUUCGGCGGCAAAAGACGCCCAUUCAGCAAGCCGCACCGUCUCCAACACAGGCUGCUGCGGACAGAAUCCUCGAGUCCAUGAACGACGCAUCGCCUUUCCCCAAGAACAAGUCCAAGCCUAGACAUACGCUGUCGUUGGCCGAUAGGACCCGUCUCUCUAUGGCUCCUCGUGGAUCAUCCAUCUUCCUUGAAGAAGAAGGAGAAGAAGGGGAGGGGAGCUCAGAAACCAACAAGCCUACUCCCGUUACGUCAGGUGAAACGACGGAAGCUCUCGAGAACGAUAUUCUGGAGGAUCUGGCUGCUCGCACUCGCCGCAGCAUGGCUGGCUUCGAGAACGCUCGGCAAAAGGCCCAAGUAGAGCGACGAAGAUCGCAGAGAAAGUCUAGAGUUCCCCCUAUGCGCGAAGGAAGCUAUUUCCCCAAGCUGGAGGAGCAGGACACCCUGAGGGAAGAAAUGAUCGCAGAGGAGGACAUGGAGGCAGUCUUUCGCUCGCGACCCAAGAUCCAGGCGAGCCCGCUGCCAAGUCCGACGAGAGAAGACUGGGGCGAUUAUUGA